AUGAUGCUGGAGACGCUCAACAACUUCCACGAGGCCGACAGCCCCGGCGCCGUCUCCCCCAACCAGCCUCGCCCGGCCCAGCAGCAGCCCCGAGGCCUGACCAACGGCAGCGCCCUGCCAUCCCCCCACUAUGCCCACGGGGGGCACGCCCAGCCUCCCUCCCACGCUGGGGGGCCCCCGACCAUGUCCGGAGGGGCCCCAUCCAGCCCGUCGUUCCGGAGGCUGCCCGUUGCGGGGAGCUUUGAAGGCGCCAGGCCGGGGCCUGCCGGAGCAUCCUCGGUGGCGGCUCUUGCAGGGGCCACGGUGGCUCACUUCCAUGCGGGGGCUGCCUCUGCCGGGGGAGCCAUGGCCGGUGCAGCGAGUGGCAGGGCCCGCCAGGUGGGCAAGACCCUCACGAACCUUGCCGCUGCUGGCAACGGCAUCACCCUGCCUGGAGGGAACCACCCUGGAAAUGUGGCGCUCUCCGGCGGGAUCGGCAACGGCACCGGGGCCCCCUCCAAUGCCCCCGGAAGUGCCAGCCACGCAGCCACGGGGCCCACGGCCGCGGGUCAUCUACAGCCAGCCGGCAGCACCUCCCGUUUCCGCGUGGUGAAGUUAGAUUCGAGUUCGGAGCCGUUUAAGAAAGGCCGGUGGACUUGUACCGAGUUCUACGACAAGGAGAAUCCCGGGGCGGUGGCCGAAAGCGCCCCCGUGGCCAAAACCGUGGACGCUCUCCUGGACGUGGCCUCUGAAAGGGAAAGCACCAGCGGGAGCUCCGUCAGCAGCACCCUGAGCCACUACACGGAGAGCGUGGGCAGCGGAGAGAUGGGGGCGCCUCCCAGGACGCAGCCGUCGGGGUUCCAAGGUGUGCCUCAGCAGAUGGAGUUCAGCAGCAGCGGGGUGCCCCCUGCAUCAGCACCGGGGCUCCCCCAGAGUAUGUCUCAGUCCCAGCUCUCCCACGUCCAGGCACACCCGCAGGAGGCCAGCUACCCUCCGCAGAAGCAAGGGCCGCACCCUCCCGCCUCGGCCGUUCCUUCUCCGUUGACUGUCGUUGGCGGCCAUCAACCAACUCUUCCAUUCACCCCGCCGCCGGCCCAGCCUGCCGGCCCAGUCGCCGCUCCACAGCCCCAGCUGUUACCUUUUGGGCAGGGACAGGCUCAGCACCCCGCCGCCCUGCCACCCAUGCCUAUGCCGAUGGCACCAGGGCAGCACGUGAAGCCCGUCGCGCAAACUUCGCUGCCCGAGUACAUCCAGCCGCCACAGAUGCUUCCAGCUCCUUCUCUGCAGCCUGGGGUGGGAGUCGUCGGAAGCGGCCCAGCCGUGCCCGUCGCUCAGCCUCCCAGUAUGCAGCUUCCUGUCCAGGCACACAUCCCGGGGGCACCUUCUCAGUCCGUGGCGCAGGCCCAGCCGACGAUCCCAGCCGUGGGUGCUCCCGCUGCCCUGAUGAACGUCGGGCAGCCAGGCAGCGCCGCUCCCGUGGCCCAGCGGCCCUCCGUUGCCAACCAGAUGGCUUCUUCCGUGCUGGCCCCCAGCACCGCUGUCCCCGCAGCCUCCCAAGCAGCCCCUGCAGGGGGCGCUCACCCAGGCUCCCAAAGUGCUCCCUUAGGCCUUCCUCAGACUUUGGGCAUCCCUCCGUCGGGCAACCUGAUGCCUAUGCAAGGCACCGAUCCUCUGGUUCCAGGAAUGGCCCCGUUGCCUCCUGUUAGCCCAGUCCCUUCUGCCGGCGCUGCUCCUGUGCCCGGCCACUCGGCUUCCAGUAUGCCCGCUGCUGCGCCCGUCAGCCUGGCUCCUCCCAAGGCCCUUGCCCAGCCUUCGGGUAUGCACAAUGGGACCCUGGCCCAGAACGUCUCUCAGCCUGCCUUGCUUCCCACGGGCCUCCAUUUGCCGGGAGCCCCCAACUCUGCCCAGUUCUCCUCACAGUCCCUCGCUCAGUCUAUCGCCAGCCGGACGGACGAGGCCAGGCGCCCUCUGGCAGAGUCCAUCUUGGUUGGCUUGACCCAUCCUUCUGGCGGCACCGAAGGCAGCAUCGGCAGCUCCUUUGCAGAUGGCAGCAUGGUCUCCUCUCUCUUCCCCCUGAAGGUCCUUCCGCUGGCCGCCCUGGAUGGCGAGGAAGACAGGAUCUGGUGAAGAGCCACUUGAUGUACGCAGUGCGAGAGGAAGUUGAGGUGCUGAAAGAGCAGAUCAAAGAACUCAUUGAGAAAAACAACCAG